AUGACAGCGGAGAGUUCAGAAGGCGAUUCAACAGAUGUGUUCACAGAUACAGUCUUCCUACAUUCUCAUUUCAGUAAGUCUAGGUAUCUGAGAUGUUAUUAUUGGGCAGUUCGAACUUUAAUUACCAUUGGUGGCCUUCCAGAACCACAAACUUUAUUUGAAAUUGUUUUUCAACUCUUGAAUUUUUUUUCUGGGGUUUUUGUGUUCAGCAGUUUAAUUGGUCAGAUGAGAGAUGUGAUUGGGGCAGCUACAGCCAAUCAGAACUACUUCCGCGCCUGCAUGGAUGAUACCAUUGCCUACAUGAACAAUUACUCCAUUCCUAAACUUGUGCAAAAGCGAGUGCGGACUUGGUAUGAAUAUACAUGGGACUCUCAGCGAAUGCUAGAUGAGUCCGAUUUGCUUAAGACCCUGCCAACUACGGUCCAGUUAGCCCUCGCCAUUGAUGUGAACUUCAGCAUCAUCAGCAAAGUCGACUUGUUCAAGGGUUGUGAUACACAGAUGAUUUAUGACAUGUUGCUAAGAUUGAAAUCCAUUCUCUAUUUGCCUGGUGACUUUGUCUGCAAAAAGGGAGAAAUUGGCAAGGAAAUGUAUAUCAUCAAGCAUGGAGAAGUCCAAGUUCUCGGAGGCCCUGAUGGUACUAAAGUUCUGGUUACUCUGAAAGCUGGGUCAGUGUUUGGAGAAAUCAGCCUUCUGGCAGCAGGAGGAGGAAACCGUCGAACUGCCAAUGUGGUGGCCCAUGGGUUUGCCAAUCUUUUAACUCUAGACAAAAAGACCCUUCAAGAAAUUCUAGUGCAUUAUCCAGAUUCUGAAAGGAUCCUCAUGAAGAAAGCCAGAGUGCUUUUAAAGCAGAAGGCUAAGACCGCAGAAGCAACCCCUCCAAGAAAAGAUCUUGCCUUCCUCUUCCCACCAAAAGAAGAGACACCCAAACUGUUUAAAACUCUCCUAGGAGGCAAAGGAAAAGCGAGUCUUGCAAGACUACUCAAAUUGAAACGAGAACAAGCAGCUCAGGAAAAAGAAAAUUCUGAAGGAGGAGAGGAAGAAGGAAAAGAAAAUGAAGGUAAACAAAAAGAAAACGAAGAUAAAGGAAAAGAAAAUGAAGAUAAACAAAAAGAAAAUGAAGAUAAAGAUAAAGGAAGAGAGCCAGAAGAGAAGCCACUGGACAGACCUGAAUGUACAGCAAGUCCUAUUGCAGUGGAGGAAGAGCCCCAGUCAGUUAGGACAGUUUUCCCCAGAGGAACUUCCCGUCAAUCACUCAUCAUCAGCAUGGCUCCUUCUGCUGAGGGUGGAGAAGAGGUUCUUACUAUUGAAGUCAAAGAAAAGGCUAAGCAAUAAAUGUUUGAUUAUCUUUAGAUGUGAUAUAGCUAGUUCCCAAAGAGAUUGUACCUAGGAUUGUAACUUAAAUUAAUGAGAGGAAAUGACCUGCUGGGACCCUUGAGAAAUGAAAGGCAAAUCCCUAGCUUAGUUUCUAGGACUUAUCUGAGAGUGUGAUUUCAUGCAGUGGUAAUAAGAAGAUUAUUAAAAGCCAUCCCUAUUCUCUGUUUUCAUUAACUUUAUGCAAUUGCUAUAUCUUCUAAUUGUAUGUAGUAAGUUUCCUUUUCCUUUGGUUCUUUCCCGAUAAUGUUUCUUCCUCCCAGUUUUAUUAGCUUGCUCUUGGCUGUGAUGUGAUUCACUAACCUUUUCUCUUAAUUUUUAUUGUGUUUAAUUUCUUGUAUGGCACUCUUAAGCCUGGCUAAUUGUUCUAGGUUUAUAAAUUUCACCUCUUACAUGUAAGGGAUAUAAGCCUUUAAUGUAAUAGGUCAAAAAUCAGAUUAUUUUCAUUCAAAUGAGGUUGAUGAGUCACUGUAAUAUCAAAAAAUCCCCAGCAGCUGGGACUGAAGGGAAGCAGAGAUCAUGAAGCCUUCUGAAUGAGAAGUCUAAUUUUUGGAACAGUCCCCUGAAGAGCAACGUUGGUUGGCAGAAUCAGCAAACUGGCAAAAAUCACAUUGCAGGAACAUAUUGGAAAAAUUGUACCCUUUGCUAAAGAAAUAAACUUCAAUAUUUUCUCUUCUAACCAACUUAAAAGACACCAAGCUACCUAACUCAUCUGGCUCAAGGGACUUGGACUGGAGGAUACAGGCUAAAGUGACACUUAUCAGAAUCUUCCUCAAGCACUUGCUGGAAAAGAAAUCAGAUUGUAACUUCUUGUUGUUUAAAAUUAAGCUUUAGUAAAACAAAGAGAUGCAGUUAGGAAGGCAGACUCUACACGUCAGAUUGACAUAUCCCCACAAUUUCCGGAACCUACAUGUAUAGCUAUUUACAAAAUCUCCAAGUUAAUUGAGUGCACUUUAGGAAGUUGUCCUCAUGAAUUAGCUAGCAUUAGCAUAAUUACCAAAGUUGCAUGCUGUGAGGAGGCUACAAAGGCCAGGCUGAUGUCGGAAGUAAUAAUACAUAUAGAAUUCCAUUCUAAUAAAUGCCAUUAGUGUAUAACAUCAAGUUCUGUGUAAUGAGGCUAUUUCCAAGUCCCCAAAGAUGGUCAUUGUAACAGCACUUUGCUGAGAGGGUUUUAACAAAUCAUAUUAGCCAAAAAGCCUACAACAUAGAUGCAUUUAACAAACCAUGUACAAAUCAAUCACUAUAAUAAACUGUCAUUUGAUAGAGUCACCAUUUUUGAAUGUAGUGUUUGAACAUCACAAAAUAUAACAAGUUUUACUAAAGAAUGGUUGAUUUUUUUCAGGAUUUAAGGGAAUACAGACAAAUUGUUAAAUAACAUUUAUUUGAUAAAUGGGAGUUUGUAUGCAGAAAGAGUGAUUGUGUACAAAAAGGGUGUUUUCAAAACCCAGAAAGAAAGGGUAGAAUAGGGCUGAAGAGUCUGAUAAUAGGAAAAGAAAAGGACAAAAGUCCUCAACUUGUGAGCAAUAUGCUUUCCCCUUAAACCCUGUAAUUUAUUCAAAUGAUAUUAAAAUAUAACACCA